CCCUACUGGUGUGACUGGUGGUGACUGCUGAGUAACAGAACUGCUAAUUUCCCGCUCUCCUCCGCGCUGGGACGGAAGUAUGACGUAGUUGGCAGGCGACUUGUACAGAGGGAAAUCUCGCGGUAUUUGCAUAUUCCUGAAUCAUGGCUGCAAUGAAAUUGCUACAAGCGGCGGCUGCCGGUCCCCAAAGCUCAGCUCCUCCCGGAGACACUGACUGGAUGGGGCGGGAAGUCAGCACCGGGACGACUAUUAUGGCGGUGGAGUUUGAUGGCGGCGUUGUCAUUGGCGCUGACUCCAGGACUACAACUGGGGCAUAUAUUGCUAAUCGAGUGACAGACAAACUGACUCCAGUACAUGAUCGAAUCUUCUGCUGUCGCUCUGGUUCUGCCGCUGACACUCAGGCCAUCGCUGAUGCCGUCACCUACCAACUGGGCUUCCACAGCAUCGAACUGGACGGACCCCCCCUGGUCCACACGGCGGCCAACCUCUUCAAGGAGAUGUGUUACCGCUACCGGGAGGAUCUGAUGGCCGGGAUCAUAGUGGCCGGCUGGGACAAGAGGAAGGGUGGGCAGGUCUAUACGGUGCCCAUGGGGGGGAUGUUGGUGCACCAGCAGUUCUCCAUCGGAGGCUCCGGCAGUUCCUAUAUUUAUGGAUUUGUAGAUUCCACGUACCGCCCGGGAAUGACUAAAGAGGAGUGUCUGAAAUUCACAGCCAAUGCGCUCGCUCUCGCCAUGGAAAGAGACGGCUCCAGCGGGGGAGUUAUCCGACUUGCCGCCAUCACAGAGGAAGGAGUCGAGCGACAGGUGAUCCUUGGCAACCAGUUGCCCCGUUUCCCCUCAUCCUGAAGGUUCCAAAUUCCUGUCUUUUUGCCCCGUCUGCUCUUUUGUUAUUCAGUCGUGUGUUAAUGAAUAAAGGCUGGUGCCCA